CACUACCUGUCUUGGUUCUCCCAUUUCAAGUGUAAUGUAUUUUUCUGCUUAUUCAAAAUCAUACAUGUGGCUGGUUCUAUCUGUAAGAAUCUUGGCUGGUUCCCUUUUCAAGGCAUUCAAUGAUUGAUGCCCAAGUUGAAGUAGGUAGUCAAUUGGCUAGCGAUACUCUGCAACCAUAUGGCUCUAAUCUCGAUAAUUUUAGUAAAUAUCUGCUGUAAUGUCGGACCUUGACCUCUUUGACACACUUGAGUGGCUUUCGCUUUAAAGAAACAAUGCAUCAAAUAUAUACAAUUAUCAAUGACAAGCACUGGCCAGGCAACUGUGCAAGCCGUAGAUCCUGAUCCAGCAAAGUGAAGCACAAGCAGGACGUGAUGCCCCGCAGACGGCGUUUCCGACAUGCUCAGCACCGUCCAGAGCCUUCAGCGGACAUACACCAGCCCGCACUGGCCAAUGGCUCAGGGACCCGAUCCAGCACAUGGGGUGGAGGGUGGCCGGAGUCACCAGACAACGCUGGCGAUAACCACCUGCGGCUCUGCGUCAGGAACCUGCCGCGAAGAAUCUCCAAGCGCACGGUCUUCCACGCCUUCGAGGACUUCGGCUUCGUGAAGGACGUCACACUUGUCAGAAACAAGGAAAGCGGCCAGCUCCGUGACUUUUGUUUCGUGACGUUCACGGAGCGGAAUGCGGCGCUCGGAGCACUGGAGGCGGCCAGCGUCGGCUCGGUGUGGCUGGGCUCCCGCCUGGUCACUGCCGAGCCGGCCCGGCCGCGCCGGUCCGCCGCCCGCGCUCCACAGUCCCUGCCCACGGUGCCUGCCUCGCCGGCGGAGUCAGUGACGGCCGAGCCGCGGGGACAGCGGCGGCGGCGGCGCGGCCGGUCGUCGGGCGCGUGCCACGCGGACCGGCUGCCGGCGGAGCUGCUGGAGCAGAUCCUGUCUCUCCUGCCGCUGCGGUACCAGCUGACCGCGCAGGCCGUGUCGCGCCGCUGGCACGCCGUGGUGGCCGGCCUGCUGGCCCGCCGCUCGGAGAUCCUGCUCGACCGAGACUUUGCCGACGCCGGAGAGAGGGUCUCCAUGGACUCUGAUCAGAUGCGGAGUCUGCUGCGGCAGGCGACCGGGCUGCGGCGGCUGCACACAGGACCGGCGCACCUCUGCCCGUUCGACGCCAUGGAUCACAUCACGGCGCACUGUCCGAACCUGCUGUCGCUGGACAUGUCGUCCGGCUUCUUCACGUUCAGCCAGCAGCGUCUGCGACGUCUGGUGCGCGCCUGCCCGCUGCUGGAGGACGUCACCCUGCCCUCCUACUACGUGUGUGACGAGGCCACGGUACUAGUGCUGUUGCGCCACCUGCCGCGCCUGCGCCGGCUCCAGCUACUGCCGGGCACCCAGCUGACGGGCCAGAGCCUGGCGCUGCUGCCCGGCUCACUGCGCCAGCUCAGCCUGCCCUGCGGCUGGCUCAGCUCGGAGCACGUGCGACACGUGGCGCGCUGCCGCCAGCUGCGUGAGCUCGAGCUCACGGGCGUGGCGCGGCUGAAGACGGCCGACCUGGCGGCGGCUCUGGCCGGCUGCCGCCGCCUGGAGCGGCUGUCGGCGGCGCGGCUCGGCCCGCCGCCGCAGCUGUACCUGCCGCCCGAGGGGCUGGCGCGGCUGGUGUCUCUGGACGUCAGUGACGCGCCAGGGGUCACUGACGAGACGCUGCGCCGUCUGCCGGAGCUGGCGCCGGCGCUGACCGCGCUCAACGUCCAGGGCUGUGACGGUGUGACAGAGUCGGGUCUCGUACACCUGGACCGGCUCUGUCACCUCCAGUCACUGGACGUUGGCUACGUGUGUGAUAUCACUGAUCACGUGCUGUACCGGCUGCGGGCUCUGCCACUGCGAGAGCUGCGGCUGGCGCAGGACGCCACCGGGAGCGCACGGUUCACAGAGACAGGAGUGGUCGGUCUGGCGGUCGCCCUUCCCUCGCUCGCUCUGCUGGACCUCAGCUGUGUGGACUGCAUCUCAGAGGGCCUGGUGGAGCGACUGGAGAGCGACCUGCCCGACGGACGCUCCCUCGGCGUCUACGUCGGAGGCACCUCGCUGGAGCGGUGCGGCCAGCCCACCUCGGACCGCAUCCGCCUGCUGCGGUACAUCACCGUGCCAGGCGGACGGCGGCUGCUCACUGCCGAGCAGCUCUGGAACGAGAGCGAGGAGGCAGAGGUGCCGACCAUCGCAGACUGGCGCCGGCCGCCCUGUGAGUGGAGACCAUCCCACGCUGGCGGCCGCUGCUCACGAGUGGCCUGACCGACCAUUCUCGACGGGCGGCGGCUGCCCUGUGAGUAAGCGAGGCGCCGCCCUCAGAGUGACGGACUAACAGCGCUGGAACGGGACAGUGGCGCCGACUAUCGCCGAUUGUCGAUCGUUGUCCUCAGCCUGACGGGACCAGCUGCGUUGGAACGGGACAGUAACACCGACCAUCGCUAACCAGCGGCGGCUGCCCUCAGACUGACUGUGGUCGGUCGUGAAUGACGAACUCCGUACAACUACGGACGAUCGAAUCAUGAAUUGGGAGUAGAAUUCGACCAGGUUUACUUAUUUGAGAUUGACCAAAGCUUACACUUAAGUUCUCUUAGUCACAAGUGACGAUACAAUAAUCUCUUCUACACUUUAGGCAGUGAAAAGAAGAGCUUGGAGCAAAGAGCCGAACCCGGUAUAUGUAUGUUGUACAAUGUGUAAUUGUAUGUUGCUCAAUGUUAUACAGGGAUUUGAUGUGCGAAUCGAGUAAGUGAAUGGAGUGCAAUAGUCGUGUUUGUGUGUGAUAAAAUAAGAUGUAUAAUGUAUAUUGCAUAAAAAAUCUUGCGAGUCAUAAUUUUGUUUCCGUUUUGGAAAUUCAGAGUGUCAGGUAACAAGCUUUACAUGUAUGAAAUUUUAUUUACUAGAAGUAGUUGUAUCUUUGUGUGUGAUAGUUUUAUUGACUGUUCUGCUAAACCAAUUCCGUCGCGGUUUACCGUGUGACCGAAUGAAGUAAAUUAGUAUGUACUGUGCUUAUUGCGCGGUGUUCGUACAACAAUAGAAGUACAACCAUGGAAGCUUUCAUCGUCGAGCUGCGACAAACAAAUGUCAUAAUUUCUUGUCGACAAGAAAGCAAUCGGCUGUAUAUCCUGAAAGUUUUAUUUGUUUGGGAUACGUUUUUGUCUAAUUUAUUUAGUUAUGCAUGUCGUAAAUUAUUGUUUUAUCAUGUAACUACUUCUUAUUGGGAGUGUGUUAAUGUGACAAUAGAACAACAGUGUGCUACA